AUGAAAAGGCAUAUGAAGACUUAUACCGAUGAGAAGAGUUAUAGUUGUCCCACAUGCAGGAAAAACUUCUCUCAACCAGACUAUAUGAAAAAACAUAUGGGAAUUCAUACCGACAAGAUGUCGUACAGUUGUGAGGCCACUCUUCAACUGUACUGUCUGCGGCAAAUGCUACCUGAAUUACGACCGGUUGAAUUUACAUAA